UAGUCACUAAUUAAAGCUACUAUUGUAGAUAAUCAUCAAUAAACCUUAGUAGUCAAUAUUAUAAAGACCUAGAAUGUCGUUUCUUGGGUUGAGAAGUGGAAUAAUGGCCACUCGUGGAGCGGGAUUCCCAAUAAUAAACAAUAUCUCAACAUCUUUACGUUCAACAUCUUUACCAUCAUCAUCCAUAGCAUAUUUAUCAACCAGUAGUAUUCUUAAAAAUGUUACCAGUGAGACAUCAAACUCAUCUAAUAUCAAUAACAUAGAUUUAUCUAGAGUUAGAGAUUUUAAAUUCAGAUCUACAAAAGUCAAUAUUGAAACUAGAAAGAAUGAACGAGUGGUAUUAUGGAAAAUGUAUGCUAUUUUCCAUCGUCAUAAUACAUUAGCUUCAUUAGUUGCAGUAGUUGAAGAUUUGGAUUUUAUUGAUAAAAAUAAGAAUUUAUCUUAUAAUGACAAAGUAUUAUAUUACUUACAAUUACCUCAUCAUACUAGAUUACAUGUUUCAGCCGGUCAAUUAGGUUUUAGAAAAGCUCAAAGGGCAGAAUAUGAAGCAGGAUUUCAAGUAGCAACCAAAUUAUUUAAAACCAUUGAAGAAAAGAAUUUGAUUGGUCCUAAUGAUAAAAUAGAAUUAAUUUUUAAAGAUUUUGGUAAAGGUAGAGAGGCAUUCCAAGCUGCUUUAAUGGGUAAAGAAGGUCAAAAUAUAAGAUCAAACAUUGUAAGAUUGACCGAUAAUACAAAACUUAAAUUCGGUGGUACCCGUUCUAAGAAACUUCGUCGUUUAUGAUCACUUAUGUACUCAUCUUGUAUUGUAUUUAAAUAUUUUAUUACUCGAUUUCAAUUGGAAAUUCAAUGGGAAUAGAGUGUAGAAAUCUAACUGUAAAUAGUUAAUAGAAGCCUUUUUUGCAUUAACG